UGUGGGUCGUCUCGGCUACUACACCAACCGCCACUCAGACAUUUCACCGAAGCACCACCUCCAAACAAUAAGAAACAAACACAGAAGAAAUCAUAGAAAAACCCAAAAAGAAACCCUAACCACCCAUCAUUUCCAAAGACGACCUCUGUUUUUUCACUUUUGCUUUGGCAACCGUGUGUGUGUCUUUGUGUAUUUGUUAUGAUAUAGAAAAUAGAACAAAGAGCUCACGUCCAUGGAGUCAAGGCCUCGUGGUGUCCCUCUUUCCGCAGCACAAGCUACCCCACCACCUGCUUCGAAGGUUUAUUUUUCCACCUCAUCAGGUAUCAGAGCUCCUCUUACUCUGGAUUCUGAUUUUGAAUAUUCUGGUGAAAAGAACAGUGAUAUUAGUUCUAGUAGUGGUAGUGAGUAUGAGUCAGAGGGUUUUAUGAGUGGGGAGGAUGAGUUUGAAACAGCCUCAGAGAGGCCUUUUGCGGCAGACCCAGAUAACGAAACUUUCGAAGAGACUCACUAUGUUGAGGAAUAUGUUGUUUCUAAGCCUUUUGUGACUGAACCAGAUGAAGAAACCAUAGAAGGGAGUAGUGUUGUUGCAGAAUAUGUUUUUCCUAAUGUUUCUGAGAUAGACCCAGAUGAAGAAAUGAUAGAGGAGAGGGGUCAUGUUGUCAAAUAUGGUGCUUCUAGGCCUUUUGUGGUUGACUCUGAUAAAGAAACCUUAGGGGCACCCAUGGAAGAGGAGGAUGCAUAUGCCUCUGGUGUUGAACCACAAGUUGUGGAUAUUGCGGUUUUAUUGCCGUCAAAGCCAGCUAUGCCUAUUGCCCAGUUGUCAGGGGACAGUGAUGAUGAUUCGUUGGGCAGUGAGGUUCCGGAAGAUGAUGGAUUUUCCGGUGCCAUCAGGGUUCCAGAUACUGGGUUUUCUGAGGUGAUUUAUAGUGCUCCUAAAGUUAAGGUAUUGGGGAUUGAAGAAGGAGAGGAAGAAGAUUCACAGGUUGAGACGCUGUUAGAUACAGAAAUUGUUGAGGACUCGAUUUUGGGUGAAGUUGUAAAUGGGGAUUUGGGUUCUGAUGAAGAAGAGGGUAUUGUCGGGAAGGACACUGUUAAGGAAUCUAAUUUAGCUGAAAUUAUUGGAGAUGCGGGUUCUGAGGUUACUGAAGAAGCAAAAGCCGAGUCUUUUAUGGCAAGUAAAGAAUACGUUUCUUUGGAAAAUUGGAAAUUGGAUGGGAAUGAUGAACAUAUAGAACAACAGAGUGAAUCAAAUGGGAUAUGUAUACAGAAGAGAAACGAUGUGAAUAUGGGUGAUGAUGCUGAUUUAAAAUCUGAUUCGACAACCCAUAUGGUGAUUGACAAUGAAGAAGAAAAUGAAGUCGUGGAAUAUAGGGUUGUUACAGCUUGUAAUAUCUCUGGAUUAAGUUCUGGGAUUGAGUAUCCUGUUGACUCUAAGCCUAAUGAAGCCAAUAAGGGUUUUGGCUCGGCUAACAAAGCUGAUGUAGUUCAUGAUGAAAACAAUGGCCCAAAUUUGAUAGGCUUGGAAGCACAUGUUGAGGAUGGAGUUGAUAUGAAGGUUUCAUCCAUCAGAGAGGUAGAAGUUCUUGGGAAAAGUACAGAUGGUUCUGAUAUCACAAGUAAUGUAGCUGAAGAAUCUGCGAAGUUGAAUUUGCUUGGAGCUGAUGAUGCUGUUACCCAAAUAUUGGAAAGGAGCCUUCUUCCUGAGUCUGGCGAAUCAAAACUGCCUGUAGAAAUACCAAAUACAGCAUCUACCAAAUUUCCAGAACCAGACCCUUUUCAAGAGAGAAAAUAUAUAGGGAAUUGUCAUUUACCAGAAGCUACUGAUGGUGGUGUAAUGGAAGAUGGGCUGCUUGGUAACUGCGAAAUCCUUGAACCCAUAUCACCUGGUUCUUGUUUGGACCCUGAUUUGAUAGUGAAAACCACAGAUGAAUCAGGCUACAAUCCAGAAAAACUAGAAGAGGAUGAAGAAGGUUCAGUCUCAGAUGAUGAAACUGAAGAUUUGGUCUUUGGAGUUUCAGAAACAUCGAAGCAAAUGACAGGUGAAUUGAGGCAACAAUUAGGCCUCAAUUCUUUUUCAGGUGAAGAGAGUUCUCCAGAUCAUUCACAGAGGAUUGAUGGACAGAUUGUGCCAGACUCCGAUGGGGAGGUGGACACAGAUGAAGAAAUUGAAGGAAAGGAGAUUUUUGAUUCAGCAGCUUUAGCUGCUCUUUUGAAAGCUGCAGCAGGUGCUGGAUCAGAUGGCGGUGGCGUUACUUUCACAUCUGCUGAUCGUCCCAGAUUUGUUUCUCUCGAGCGUCCUGCUGGAUCAAGCUCCACAUUCCGCUCUCUACGACCUACUCCCAAACUGGACCAUAUAAAUCAUUUUAACCCUUUAGAGUUUACAAGUAGGGGUGAAUCUGAGGAAACACUAAAUGAAGAAGAAAAGCAGCAGCUUGAGAGGAUACAACAGAUAAGAGUGAAGUUUCUGAGGCUUGUCCGGAGAUUAGGCAGGUCUCCUGCAGAUUCGGUAGCUGCACAGGUUUUAUACCGGCUUGUCCUUGCUGCAGGGAGGCCUUCCAGUCAAGCAUUCAGCCUAGAAUCUGCCAAAAGGGCAGCCAUGGAGCUUGAAGCAGAAAAAAAGAAUGAUUUAAACUUUUCCUUGAACAUCUUGGUUAUUGGGAAAUCUGGGGUUGGUAAGAGUGCAACCAUAAAUUCCAUUUUUGGUGAAGAGAAAGCAAUGAUUAAUGCAUUUGAACCAGCCACAGUUGCAGUGAAGGAGAUUGUUGGAACAAUAGAUGGAGUCAAAGUUAGGGUCUUGGACACGCCUGGUCUAAGAUCUUCUCUUACUGACCAAUCUCUUAACUGGAAAAUUUUGUCAUCUAUAAAGAAACUCACAAAAAAUUGCCCUCCAGAUGUUGUCCUUUAUGUUGAUCGGGUAGACUCACAAAGCAGAGACCUUAAUGAUUUGCCAUUAUUAAAGUCAGUAACUAGUUCUCUUGGUUCUUCUAUAUGGCGUAAUGCCAUUGUUACUCUGACACAUGCAGCUUCUAGUCCCCCGGAUGGACCAUCUGGUACCCCCUUAAGCUAUGAGUUGUUUGUGGCUCAACGAUCACGUGUUGUUCAACAGUUGAUUAGCCAUGCAGUUGGUGAUCUGCAGAUGAAUUCAGGUCUGAUGAAUCCAGUUUCUCUGGUUGAAAAUCACCCGUCGUGUGAAAUAAAUGGAAAUGGAGAACUAGUGCUCCCCAAUGGAGAAAGUUGGAGGACCCAACUACUGCUCCUGUGCUACUCAAUGAAGAUCUUAUCUGAAGCAAAUUCACUGAUAAAACCUCAGGAUCUUUUUGAUCAUAAGAAGCUCUUUGGAUUCCGGGUUCACUCACCUCCUCUUCCCUACUUCUUGUCUUCUCUAUUGCAGUCUUAUGCUCAUCCGAAACUACCCACUCUUCAAGGUGGUGAGACUGUAGACUCUGACCUUGAGUUGGAACAGUUGUCUGAUUUUGAGCAAGAAGAUGAAGAUGAGUAUGAUCAACUCCCACCAUUCAAGCCAUUAAGGAAAUCUCAGAUUGCUAAACUCACCAAGGAGCAAAAGAGGGCUUAUUUUGAAGAGUAUGAUUACCGCAUUAAGCUGCAUCGGAAGAAACAGUGGAGGGACGAGGUGAAAAGGUUUAGGGAUAUGAAGAAAGGCAACAAUGGUGGGAACUAUGAUGGUUACAUGGAGGAAGAUGGAGACCAGGAAAAUGGGAGUCCAGCAGCUGUAGAAGUUCCCUUACCUGACAUGACACUCCCACAGUCAUUUGACGGAGACAAUCCUGCUUACAGAUACCGGUUUCUGGAAGCCACCUCACAGUUUCUUGCCAGGCCAGUUUUGGAUGCACAUGGCUGGGACCAUGAUUGUGGAUAUGAUGGUGUGAGCCUGGAAGAAAAUCUUGCUAUCGCUAACCGAUUUCCAGCGGUAAUAGCUGUUCAAAUCACAAAGGAUAAAAAAGACUUCAAUAUUCACUUGGAUUCCUCUGUUUCAGCCAAGCAUGGAGAGUGUGGAUCGACCAUUGCAGGACUCGAUAUCCAAACCAUUGGAAAGCAGCUUGCUUACAUUCUCAAGGGUGAAACCAAAAUAAAGAAUUUCAAAAUUAAUAAAACAGCUGCUGGGGUAUCUGUCACUUUCUUAGGCGAAAAUGUGGUCAGUGGACUCAAACUCGAGGACCAGAUUGCAGUGGGAAAACAAUUGGUUCUUGUGGGAAGUACUGGAGCCAUUCAAUCUCAAGGUGAUGCAGCAUAUGGAGCCAACUUGGAAGUACGUCUCCGGGAGAAGGAUUUUCCUAUUGGGCAAGACCAAACCACACUGGGGCUAUCUCUGAUGAGGUGGAGAGGUGACCUUAUAUGGGGGUGCAAUAUGCAGUCUCAGUUGUCAAUAGGAAGGAGUUCUAAAAUUGCUUUUCGUGCUGGAUUGAACAACAAACUAAGUGGACAGAUCUCUAUUAGGACUGGUAGCUCAGAUCAACUCCAAAUUGCUUUGGUGGGUCUUCUUCCAAUUGCCAAAACCAUCUUCCAGAGCAUCUUUCCACAAUAGAGCCAAAAAUAAUAGACAUUCAAGGUGAUGUUUCAAGUUAUGCCAGCAAUUAUCUUGUUUUGAGGAGUAAAUGUUCAGCAUAGGCUAGCCACCAUCUGCACAUUCUUGCUGACUGUCAGUUUUCCCUCCAUAAAUGGUGAUGCUUUCUUGUUCUUUUCUAGUUUAUCUCAUGAUUCGUAACGUAUAUAAAUAUGAGAAACAAACUUGACAUGCUUAUUCCAUGAGUUUUGGUUCAAAUGUUCACUUGGCACUUCUGUAACGAGUUUGUGGUGCUGGAUGGAAAAAUUCACAAUGACCAACUGAAACUUGCAUUUGAUCCUUGCCAUCAAGUACAAUGUUAAACCGGCUCACUCAUCUUUGGAGCAAAUUUUUGUUGGCUAAAACCUUACUAUAUAUGCGUGUUGUGCUGCAGUAGAUAGUUGUAUUUCAUACAAUCUUGACUGCAAUAUCUACAGAACUCUCCUAAUACAGCUUUUAAUGGAGUCUGGAGUCUUCAUAACCCAUGUAUGGA